AUGCCACGGGGACAGAUCCUGCUGCUGCUCCUGCUCACGGGGCUUGCAGGCACCGCAGGGCAGGGGCAGGAGUGGGACCUGGGUGGGAGCGAUGCCUCGGUCAUCGCCGUGCCCAACGGUGGACCCUGGGGAGACUGGGCCUGGCCGGAGAUGUGCCCCAAGGGCUCCUACGCCAGCGGCGUCAGCUUCAAGGUAGAGGCGCCCCAGGGGGUGAUGGAGGACGACACGGCGCUCAACGGGAUUCGGCUGCACUGCUCCCGCGGCGGGGAUCCCAGUGGCGGCUACACGGCCGAGUCCCAGAGCGGCAGGUGGGGCCACUGGUCGGAGGCCUGCUGGUGCCCCCACCGAGGGCGCCUGGUGGGCUUCGCGCUGCGGGUCCAGCCGCCCCAGCGCGGGCUCCUGAGCGAUGAAGUGGCCGCCACCAGCGCCCGCUUCGCCUGCUCCGACGGGCACGUCCUGGAGGGGCCAGGGUCCACCUGGGGCCAGUGGGGCAGCUGGAGCCCCCAGUGCCCCAGGGCGGUGUGCGGCAUCCAGACGCGGCAGGAGCCUGCACGGGGGCUGAAGAGGGACGACACGGCCCUGAAUGAUCUGCGUCUCUUCUGCUGCCCGUAACGAGCACUGGAAACCCACUGCAGGGCACCCGAUCCCAUGACCCAGCUCCACAGCAGAGCUUGUGCCCGGGGUCCCCUCUCCCAC